AGCAAUUGGAUGUCUUGGGGUCGCGGCCAUGGCAACUCUGGGGCUGAAGCCAUUGGACUCGGAGGUGUCGCAAAGCCAUGAAGGCUAUAGUCCAGAACAAGGUUCCUUCGAAGGCCGCCCCUGGGUGCCAGCCAGUACCUGGCAGGAGCCAUGGAGGGAUGAAAGUGGUACUACCACUCCCUGGGGAUGGCCAAUUCCCAUCGAAGAGUGGCAAGGAAGGAAAAAGCGACGAUUCUGCACCUCCUUCCCUGAUGUGAGCCAAUGCCGCCGCGGUGCCGCCUGUGCUUUCGCUCACACAAGGGAAGAGAUCUCUGCUCCGUUGCUGGAAGAACACGAGGAGCAGCAGUUGCCGGGAGCCAUGACGGACGAAUUCUUCAUGUACAAAUACAAGAUCCAUUGGUGCCCAAUUGGUGUGCAACAUGAAUGGCACAAUUGCGUUUAUGGUCACAACUAUCAAGAUGCUCGACGCCCACCCAGUAUCGGCUAUGGUGCCAGGCUUUGCCCCUACUGGUCCAAAAAGGACACAGGAGCUGAAUACUCACAGCGCUGCCCCCUGGGCCUGCGCUGCCCAUACUCUCAUGGUGCCAAGGAGCAGCUGUACCACCCUCACUACUUCAAGACAGUCAUUUGUCGUGAUGUACGCGGGAAGGUUUGUCCUCGGCAAAAGCUUUGUGCGUUUUACCAUCAUCGCAACGAGAAGCGUCCCACGCCGCAGGAUGAAGUGGAUUAUGCUUUGCCUUUGCCGACUGAGAAUUUACCAGACAAGUGGACAGCCGACUUCUUAUCUCCACCGUUCAUGCCAGAGACCACGAAGCAAAAAGAUGGAAAGCCUGAGCGCCAAAGUCCAGAGCAGCCAAUGCAAUCAACGCAGUCAAUGCAGCAACAAUGUGUCUAUUUUAUGCCUAUGGGAUCUACAGAGAGGUCUGAAGAAUUCAAUGCAUUCAACUUUCGUGACUCUGAGGCUUAGGCAAUUGUCCUUCAGAGUCAUCUCUUGCAGUCUCACUCUGUCCUAGCAAGGAUUCGGUUGAGCACCACCCAAAACCAGGGGUUGUGAUAUGUCCCUUUUGCGUGAA